UUGUCUAUGUCGUCCUGUCAGUAAAGCAAACACGGAGAGUGGAAUAGAUGUGGAGUUUAAUAAAUAUGGUAUCUCCAUUUGUAAUUCACUUAACUUGUGGCCUUUAGAUGCAGUAUAGUAUAGUGACAAUAAGCGAAUUGGCAAAAAUAUCACUGUUUGAAUCGCCCGGUAAAUAGAAGGCAUCUUAUACAAUGCAGGGUGACGACCCACCUUUCUUGCCUGUGGGUACAGAUGUGAGUGCAAAGUAUAAAGGUGCCUUCUGUGAGGCCAAGAUAAAGAAAGUUGUAAGGAACAUUAAGUGCAAGGUGACUUUAAAAGCCGGUGGUGGUACUAUCACAGUGAAUGAUGACGUGAUCAAGGGUAACCUGAGGGUUGGGAGUAUAGUGGAAGUGAAGCAGGAUCCAAAGAAAGAUGCUAUGGAAGCUGUCAUCACAAAGAUACAAGAUUGUAGCCAGUAUACAGUUGUAUUUGACGACGGGGACAUAACCACGUUGCGGCGGUCGGCUCUGUGUCUGAAGAGUGGGCGGCAUUUCAACGAGAGUGAAACGUUAGACCAGCUUCCACUGACACAUCCAGAGCACUUCUCUACUCCAGUCAUAGCUGGGCGGAGAGGGAGGCGCGGGAGAGCACAGUCUGAGGAGAGUGAAGGAUCUGGUUCUGGUCGUCGCGUGAAGGCGGACGUAGAGCCGCACGUGGGUCGCGUGGUGCUGGUGGAGGCGGGCGGCGGGGCGGAGCGCCGGCGGCCCCACCAGCCUGCCUUCCCCGCCCUCGUCGUCGCACCCACCGCACAGAUCAAAGUCAAAGAGGACUAUCUUGUGCGCUCCUUCAAAGAUGGCCGAUAUUACACAGUGCCUAAGAAGGAAGCGCGUGAGUUCCGUAAAGGCAGUGCUCCACUGGAGUGGGCCGGUGUGGACGCGGCCUUACAGUACCUGAAUAACGCAGUGCUGCCCCCACACUGGGACAGAGACGCACUCUUCAAUGAACCGAGGAACACUUCUGAUGAUAGUUCAGACGAUGAACCUCGUGAAGAGAAGGACCACUUCGUGGCACAGCUGUACAAGUUCAUGGACGAGCGCGGCACCCCCCUCAACAGGAACCCGACUAUCGCCAACAAGGAUAUCGACCUAUAUAGACUGUUCAAAGUAGUCGAAAAGUUAGGUGGUUACAAUAGAGUAACGAAUCAAAACCAAUGGAAAACAAUCGCGGAUAAGAUGGGCUUCCACCCAGUCACCACCAGUAUCACGAACCUUUGCAAACAAGCUUAUAAGAAGUUCCUGCACAGCUACGAGGACUUCUACCGCAAGCUGGGCGUGACGCUGGUGGCGCACCCGCGCGGCGCGCGCACGCCGCCCGCCGGCCGCUCGCUCAUCCGCGACCGCGACCGACACCCGCCCUCCUCCGCCUGCACCACGCCCACCCCGCCCGCACACGCCGCCACUACUUCCUCAGCCACGCAGCGAGGCAAAGACAAAGAUUCAGAUAAAAGUGAGACUGACAAGAGUGACAAAAGUGAGAAGGAAGAAAAGCCAGAGAAAGCAGAGAAAGUGAAGGAAAAACCUCGCACCAGCGAUGGAGAGGACAGCGCAGACAACCAGCCACUGAUUGUCACUGCACCCAAAAUAGAUAAAGAAAAAGAGAGGGAAAAAGAAAAGGAAAAAGAAAAAGAGAAAGAAAAGGAGAAGGAGAAAGAGAAAGAAAAGGAAAAGGAAAAAGAGAAGGAGAAAGAGAAAGAACGAGAAAAGGAGAAGGAAAAAGAGAAAGAGAGUAAAGAGAAGAGUUCAGCUUCUACCAGCACGAGCGAGGAGAAAGAGAAAGUAGUCGUGAAACCUCGGUCGCAGUCCAAGGGACGGACUGUCACGCCUGUGAAGGCAGAGAGCCAUGAGAAACGGACGCCCAAGCGACGCCCCCUAUCUUCCAAGAGUGAAGGUGUAAGUGCGGGCACUUCCCGGGCGUCUCGUCGGCCGCACGCUUCUACUGACAGCGAUAGCUCUGGCCGCGCUUCCAGAUGCGGUCCCAUAAAGAAGAUGCAGAGUCGCCGCAGCCAGAGCGCGAACUCUGCCAGUAGCGGCAACACCAUCGCCUCCAACAGCAGCAAGCGCCCGCGGAAGAGGAAGAACACAGAACCAACCAAUGAGCCGACGCCGCGCUCCGGGGUGUCCAACGUGAAGGCACAAGUGGGAGACAAGUUGAAAGUGUACUACGGACCGACGCAGUCCGAAUCGAAGGUAAAAGUGACGUACGAGGCGAAGGUGAUCGACAAGUCGGCGACGGGUGACUUGCUGCGAGUGCACUACCUGGGCUGGAACACGCGCUACGACGAGUGGAUCAAGCCGCAACGCAUCGCGCUCAACGUCACCCAACACGAACAGAGGAACAAAAAAGGCUCUGGUAUGAGCAGGCGCGUUCGGAGCAAAAGGACUGAAGAGUCGUCGGCCCGGUCAGACUCUGAUAGUUCUGAAAGUGAUGACGACGUCAAGAGACCGCCUAAGAAGUCCGACGAUAAAUCGAGUUCCAAGACUCCAUCGAGAUCUAAAGACGUGAAGUCAAGUGACAGUAAUGGCUCAAACAAGCCACGCAAGCGGCCGGUGAGGACAGUGUCUACCCCCACUUCAGUGUCUCCGGCCAAGAAACCGCGGCCUAACGCCCCCGGCCACCAAGGCAGAGACUACGACCUUAACGAAAUACGCUCCGAGCUCAAAGGGCUACAGACUGUCAAACAGGAGCCUGAAGAUAGCAAGCAAGAAUCCGCCGACACUGACGAGCCCACAACCUCGCAAUCCACUGCACCGCCUCCCGAGCCCAUGCAGCAAGACAAACAGCCUGAAGACGUCUACGAGUUCAAAGAACCAGAACCCUUCGAGCUAGAACUGCACGACGAGAAGAAAAAGCGCACCCAUCGCAUAUUCGACGACAUUUCCCCCAGCAAGUACACGUCGACGUUAUCCAAGUCGCUCAGUGAAGAAAUUUCCGAAGAUCCCAUGCGGCCCCGGCCGUCGUCCCUCCGGUCACCUUCCUUGUCUCCUUUCAGAGAUUUCGGCGUCGCCAGAGAUGUGAACCGUCAGAGUCCCGAGGAUGACUCCAAAGAUGGUCUGUUCUCACUCGACGAUGACUCGUUCCCUGGCGAUGGUAGCUCAGGUCCGACAUUUGAAGGAUUCACCCCAGCUAAAAACCAAGAAACAUAUUCGAAGAAAAGUAAGGUAUCUAAAUUAAGAGAACUUAUUGAUGACUCCCCUGACAGCCCAGCAGACGACGAGCAGUCAUCAGAUGAUGAACCGGAGGAUAUCCCUGUAAAGGAGGAAGUAAGGGAGCCUACACCCACGUUACCAGUGGUUGAGGAACCCAAGACUCCAGAAACUCCCGUGAAAGAUGAACCCAUGGAGCCUGUACUUGUAGUCCCAGUCAAAGAAAUAGUAAUAGAGGAGAAGGAGAGUAAAGAACAAAAAGAGCCUAAAGAGGUUAUUCCUGAACCGCCCAAAACUCCUCCACCGCAAAAGAAACCAGAUUCACCCCCGCCCAAACCGACCGCGGCGCCCACUGCGAGCGUCACCGUCACGCCGCCCACCAUCACUGUCACUGCAGCCCCUACUCCCGAACCUGUUGUUGACAACGUAGAGAAAGCAAAGAAGGAGGAACCUGUCAACCCUCCCCCUAUUGUUGUUGUGGCUCCUCCUCAACAACCAAAAGAAAAUCCGCUUAAACUAAAGAUUGAAAAGAAAUUGGAUCCGGUGCCCGUCGAGCCAGCUGUUUUGAAAAUGCAGCCGCCAGCGAGUCCCCUGAUGGAUACUGAAGAAGAUAAGUCUGAGCCAGACAGUCCUGCGAGGAUUGACGUGUUACCGGAGCCACCGCCGGGAUUCUUGCUCCAGUCCGAGGGACCAAAGAUAGCCGAGAAACUACUGAAAGCUAUCAGCAGCGCUAAGCGACUCUCAAUGUCUCCUCCGCUACUGGAAGAUCGGCCAGUCACUCCCAAGAUGGACACAAUCAAACCGAUUAAGCCAGAGCACAAGCUCUCGCCCGUGAUGAGCAGUGAGCCCAAGUCGCUGAAACCAGAAGCAAUCAAACCGACACUGAAACCUGAACCAAUAAAGAAGGUGACGCCACCAGAACCUGCCGAGAUAUACGGCGAGUCUUCCAACAUAGUAGAGGUGAAGCGUGACGCGCUGGAGGUGAAGAAACCGAAAGUAGAGGAAGCGGUGGCGCCACGCCUGCACUCCCCGCUGAGCUGCCUGGAGCGGCGCAGCAGCGCGGCGGAGCUGGCCGGGACCGGCGUGCCCGGCGCCGCCAGCCUGCCCGGGCCCGGCGUGCCCGGCGUGACCGGCCUGCCCGGGCCCAGCGUGCCCGGCGCGGCCGUGGUGGCCGGCGUGCCCGGGGUGGGCGGCGUGCCCGGCAAGAACAACAAGGUGCUGAGCGACACCAUCCAGAAGUUGUCGAGCCAGAUCAACCAGUCCGCCGCCGCCGUGGCCGCCACCGUGCCGCUGCCCUUCCCCAGCGACGAGCGCACCGACUCCAGCGACUCCGACGACUCCGACAGGAGGUUAAUAAUCGACAAGUUAGUAGUAGACGAGUGGGGCAGUAGUGAGCGGUCGUCGCCAGCGCAAGCCAGUCACCCGCACAGCCUGGCGCCGCUGGCCCCCCACACACUGGGCACCCCGCUGGGGUCGCUAGGCUCCCUAGGAUCCCUGGGGUCGCUGGGCGCGGUGCCCCCCAGUACGUCGCUAGCGCUGGGUGCACGCUCGCUGCACGCUGGGAAGUCUCCCGGCGAGUGGAGCGCCGGGGAGUCUUUACUUAUGCUUGAAGAUGCGUGCAAGAACGAGCGUAAACACAGCGCGAGCGUAGUAGUGGCGGGCGGUCCCCGCGAGGUGCGCGAGUCGCGCGAGGCCCGCGAGGCGCGCGAGGACGACGGCAGUAUCUCGCUGCUGCUGUGCUCGGAGACCAUCCCCGGCUCGCCCGCGCCCGACGCCGAGCCCACGCCGCCCAGGCAGCGCGGCGCGCAGCUACACAUGCCCUUCGCUUCCGCACCGCCGCAUCAUCAUGCUAAAGAAGAGCGUCGUGGUGGUGUAGCGUGCGGGGGCGCAGAGGCGGGCGCGGGGGCGCGGGAGGCGGGGGCGCGCGAGGGCUGGCCCCGCGGCCGACCGCUGGCCGACAACACGCCGCCCACCACGCCCGACAGCAGUCUCGACGCCUCGCCUCCACACAGGGAGCGUCGUAUAUCAGAACGAGAUAGUCCUUCGGAGCGCAAGGACGACGAGGAAGAUAGAAUGAACGACGUCUCAGGACUCGACGUAGAAAAGCCGCACGGUGCGCGGUCCCGCAAGGCGUCGGAGAGCUCGGGCGCGGGCACGCGCGGCCGCGGGCGGCGCACGCGCCGGGACACGGACGACGCGCCACACUCCACGCACUCCGCGCAUGCGCACCACGCACCGCACUCGCACCAUAAUCCCAUGAAGUACAACUUCUACGUCGAAUUAGAUCCGACCUGGGACUGCUCAACUCGCAUCAACGUAUUGACAACGCGACUAGCGGAUCUUCGCAAAGCUUACCACUCCGUGAAGGCGGAGCUUGCCGCUAUCGACCGACGACGCAAGAAGCUGCGUCGAAAGGAGAGAGAAGCUGUGAAGGCUGCUAAAGCUGCCUGCUCCUGAUUCCAGUGUCUGUCAACGAGGCAGUGAGACAUGAGGACCGCAGUUUGUUCGUUUUAGAAUGAACAUACGUCCCGCGUAGUGUAGUUACUACUUAUAAUAAAGUGAUUUAUUUUAUUUAGAAUGUUUAUAAGUCGAAUAAUUUAAGUUUUAAAUGACUUUAAAAAAAUAAGUACCAAACAUCAGCUGAGAUGUCUGUAAAUAAGAGUAUAAUGUAUUUAAUUUGAAUGCUUUGUAUUAUAUUUUUUUAACCCUGCGCCCUACAGUCUCGCUCGACUCAAAAAAUCGGUCGCUAAGUCGUGUCGAUAUAUGAUUUUUAUUUUUUUCAACCUUAUAUUUAUUUUCUUUUUUAGCGAUCGAUUUUUGACGUUACUCAAGUAGCUUCGAUAUCGACAGGGUGUGGUAUUAGAGGAUAACUAAUAUCAUGUUUUAUUUUUAUUCAAAGUUAUUAAUUUAAAAAUGCAACGUAAGUAGGUACUUUACAUUCAUACUCAGAUGAUAAAUGGUUGAUUUAUUUGUUUUUUCGUAUUUGUUAUGAUCUUUGAGAAAGGAUAAUUGGAAUUAGCUUAGCUAGUAUGUGAAUGGAAUUUUAUAAUCUCUGAAAGUUUUGGUAAUACCAUUUUAUGACAAAAAUGUUAUUUUAACGCAAUAUUGUAAUAUGUUGUUGUUGCUGCGCAGGAAUGAACAAAACUGAAUGUGUUGCCAAUAAUGAAGUCAUUAAUAAAUAAUGUGAUUAAAAAUUAUAA